UUUGUUGUUUGUUUUUAAGCUUGUUCUUAGUUUCUAUGUUUGUUUCUAAGCUUGUUCUUAAGUUUACGUUUAAGUUUGUUGUUUUUAAGUUUUCAAGUUUGUGCUUAAGUUCUUGUUUUAAGUUUUGUUUCAUCUUGAUUUUCAAGUUUCAACUUUAUAUUCCAACCUUAUUUUCAAGUUUUACGUUUGUCAAUGUUUAAGUUUUAUUUGAACAUUAUUAAUUGUUUAGAGUUUAAGCUUAAAUGUUUGUUUCCUUUCAAGUUCCUCUCCAAGUUUAUUGUUAAAUGUUUUAAUGGCUUAAGUUUAAUGGUUGAAAUAAUUUUAUUUGCAACAUUAAAAGCUUCUUUAUUACUUUUAUUUAUAUUAAGUAAAAAUAAAGUUUCCGCCGAUUUUCUAAAAUUUCUACAAUUUCCUUUGUUUUAUUUUUAUUAUUAUACUACUCUUUCAUCAAUUCCCAAUUUCCGUCCCAAUCAACUCCCGGCCAUUACGCCUCUUAUUGCGCAUGAUUUGCUUGAACAAGAGCAAUAGUAGAAAGCAGGUUGUGUUGUUGCUUCACAUUGAGAGCGAGUCUGUCGGCUGCUUUACUUUGCUGUGUUAUUCUUUUUGGUUUUCCCCUUUCUUUUUUCUUUACAGUCGGCUGGAUGGAUAGUCGUCUCCCUUUCGUUUUUUUUCUUCUUUUCCAUCCGCUCUCGAAUGAACACGCCGGCUCUUCUCUUUUUUCUACUUGUAAUAAAAUGGAAGGGACAAAAGGAACAACAAUUGGCGCAAGUUUGGCUCUAGAGGAGGUGUUGAGCACACGGAAAAUGCGCGAUGUGAGAUUGGGGGUUGAUUGAAGGAUGGAAGUACGGGGUAAAUGGGG